AGGAGGAGGGACGGCCCUGCGCAGGCGCAGGAGGGAGGGACUGCUUGGAGGCAGUUUGGGGCCAGUAUCCCGAGCGGUCUAGGCUAGGUCUGGGCCGCCCGAGACUUCUUCACUUGGACAACCGGGUCCCAUGGCGCUGCAGGGUAUCCGGGUGUUGGAGCUGGCCGGCCUGGCCCCAGGCCCGUUCUGCGGUAUGGUCCUCGCGGACUUCGGGGCCCAGGUGGUGCGUGUGGACCGGCCGGGCGCCAGAGGGGACGUCAGCUUCAUGGCACGGGGCAAGCGCUCCCUGGCGGUGAACCUGAAGCGGCAGGAUGGGGCAUUGGUGCUGAGGCGCCUGUGCGCCCAGGCGGACGUGGUGCUGGAGCCCUUCCGCCACGGUGUUAUGGAAAAACUCCAGCUAGGCCCGGAGAUUCUGCGGAGGGAGAAUCCAAAGCUCAUCUAUGCCAGGUUGAGUGGAUUUGGCCAGUCAGGAAGAUUCUGCAGGGUAGCAGGCCAUGACAUCAACUAUUUGGCUUUGUCAGGUAUUCUGUCAAAGAUUGGCAGAAGUGGUGAGAAUCCGUAUGCACCGCUGAAUCUCCUGGCUGACUUUAGUGGUGGUGGCCUCAUAUGCACACUGGGCAUCUUGUUGGCUCUUUUUCAACGCACACGCUCUGGCAAAGGUCAGGUCAUUGAUGCCAGCAUGGUGGAAGGAACGGCAUACCUGAGUUCUUUUCUGUGGAAAUCUCAACGAGUAGGACUAUGGGAACAACCUCGAGGACAGAACAUGCUAGAUGGUGGAGCACCUUUCUACACAACCUACAGGACAGCAGAUGGGGGCUUCAUGGCUGUUGGAGCAAUAGAACCCCAGUUCUACAAGCUGCUAAUCAAAGGACUUGGACUAAAGUCUGAUGAGCUUCCUGAUCAAAUGAGCAUGACUGAUUGGCCAGAAAUGAAGAGGAGAUUCGCAGAGGUAUUUGCAAAGAAGACCAAAGAAGAGUGGUGUCAGAUCUUCGAUGGCACAGAUGCGUGUGUGACUCCAGUUCUGACGUUUGAAGAGGUCACCCAGCAUGAUCAUAACAAAGAACGAGGCUCAUUUAUCACUGAUGAGGAGCAGAGUGUGAGUCCCCGCCCUGCACCUCUGCUGUCAGACACCCCCGCUGUCCCUUCUUCCAAGAGGGAUCCUUUUGUAGGAGAACAUACUGAAGAGAUACUUCAAGAGUUUGGGUUCAGUCAGGUAGAGAUCAAUCAGCUUACCUCAGAUAAAAUCAUUGAAAUUAAUAAGCCACGAGCUAAUCUCUAAAUUCCAGGCCUCACAGCUCAAGUGAAUUGAAUAUUACGUGUUCAGUGUGGGAUAAUACAUAAAAUUGUGUGCACAGAAACACAAAGGAACAGCAUCCUGGUAGACCAGCUGUUCUAAUCAAGAAACAAGACUGUGAGUACACAGUAAUGAUUGAAUUCUGAAAAUGGUGAACAUGAUUAUUGAUUUAGGAAUGUUUUUAGUUUACUAAUAUUAAAUUGUGGCAGUUUUUCUGCUUUUCAAUUUACUUGAUAGAUUAUAUUUUUAAUAUUAAGAUAUGAAUCAUAUACUUUCAAUGGAUGAAUAUAAUGGUUUUUAUUAAAUAAAGCCUUUCCCCCCUAAAGUUUA